CGAAUCGCCAUUCCUGCCUCUCCCACACCCAUUCAACAUGUUGGAGAUCGUGGAGAGCAUCCUACCCACGAGGUGGCGCCGAAACCGCGACAUCACAGAUCCAAACAAGCCGGGUUCAUAUUCCAGCCUUCUCACGCCAUAUCUCGAGAGCGUGUCGCUGAAAGCAUGUACGCAUCCCAUACGGACCAUCACCUUGGUCGCCAUCCUCGGAAGCGCAUUCUACGUCAAUCUGCUGGACCAAGGCUUCUUCCAGCCUUCACUUGCCUCGCUGAACAAGAUCGAUUUCGCGUCACUUUCGGAAGGUAGCAGGCGAUUACAUCUUGGUGAGGACACGGCAUGGAAAUGGCAACUUGAAGAGAAUGGCCGCCCGAAGGUGCAGCGCCCGCGCGAAGAUGAGCUUUCGCUGGUCACGCUGGAGUUUCUGGAUGCUGGAAACAACUCGCCAAAAGCAGUUCCAAUGGCUAAGAACAUUGCGCUACCAGAGGGCAGCGCUGCUGAGAUCGUGCCUUCGAGCGCAAACAUUCUCUCCACCAUCUCUUCCGACUCGCAUCUCGCAUUCUCCAUGCCAUAUGCCGAGACCGCCAAAUUUCUCGAGGCCGUCCAAGAAAUUCCGGCACCGCCCGGCACAGUUCGCGAAGAUGACGGAUCAGACGACGAGGUCGAGCACAAGAAGUGGCUCAUGAAAACCGCCAAGACUGCACCCAACUCGAAUGGAAUGGUCGAAUGGGCACAAAACUCUUGGAGCGCAUUCCUGGACUUGAUCAAGAAUGCCGAGACUCUUGAUAUCGUCAUAAUGUCUCUGGGCUAUCUAUCAAUGUACCUGACGUUCAUCUCGCUCUUCCUGAGCAUGCGCCGCAUGGGAUCCAACUUUUGGCUUGGCACCACCACCCUCUUCAGCUCUGCCUUCGCCUUCCUCUUCGGCAUUGUCGUGACCUUGAAGCUUGGCGUGCCGGAGAAUGUCGUUCUCCUGUCAGAAGGCGUGCCAUUCUUGGUCGUUACCGUUGGCUUUGAGAAGCCCAUUAUGCUGACUCAAGCUGUGCUAUCUGCUUCCUACCAGGCCAAGAACGGCAACGGCAACGGCGAAGCCUUCACCAUUCAGAAGGCAGUACAGCAGGCCAUCCGAGAGCGUGGUUUCGAGAUCAUUCGCGACUACGCAAUCGAAAUUGCCAUCCUUUCAGCAGGCGCCUUCUCUGGAAUUCAAGGCGGCCUUCGACAAUUCUGCUUCUUGGCAGCCUGGACACUUUUCUUCGACUGUAUCCUGCUCUUCACUUUCUACACCGCAAUCUUGACCAUCAAGCUCGAGAUCAACAGGAUCAAGCGCCACGUAACCAUCAAGAAGGCCUUGGAGGAAGAGGGCGUCAGCAGACGUGUCGCUGAGAAUGUUGCCUCUAGCAAUGACUGGCCUAAUGGCGACAUCGUCUCUCCCAGCACUGUGAACAUCUUCGGCAUGAAAGCUCGCGAAAGGAGCAUUCCACGUUUCAAGGUGCUUAUGGUUACUGGCUUCAUCUUGAUCAAUGUCGCCAACCUCUGCAGCAUGCCUUUCCGCGGCACCCGACACAAUACGCCAGUCUCCACAGCUGGGCUGUCUUCUGUGGUUACACAGCCGCCGAUGGACCCAUUCAAGGUUGCUGGAAGUGGCCUCGCCUUCCUUUUCUCUCAGGCCGAGCGUAACAAGCAGCCACUGAGCGUGACGGUCUUCCAGCCGAUCAAGUACGAGCUGCAAUAUCCGUCUGUGCACUAUGCCACCCCAGAACCGCAAGAUUGGACAAUCAUUGACGGCGAAUACCAACGAGGUCUUUUUUCGGCGCUUGGCGGUAGAGUUGUCGAGAGCUUGCUGAAGAGCUUCGAGGAUCCUGUGCUGAGCAAGUGGGUUAUUAUUCUGCUUGCUAUAAGCUUGGCGCUGAAUGGCUAUCUCUUUAAUGCCGCACGAUGGACUAUCAAGGAGCCAGCACAAGACUCCGCUCGGGCAGAUGCACCAAAGGCGAACGGCCAUGCCAUCCCGCCAAUUCCGACCGAGGAGCCAGAACCUCCAGCUGUUGACCAAGAAGCGCUUGAUGGCACGAGAUUGCGUACGAGGGAGGAAUGUGAGGCUAUCCUUGCCGCCAAGCAAGCGCCAAUCUUGAAUGAUGAGGAGUUGAUUGACCUGGCAUUGCGCAACAAGAUUCCUGGGUAUGCACUCGAGAAGACUUUAGAGGACAAAACUCGCGCUGUAAAGAUUCGCCGCGGCAUGAUCUCUCGCACGCCAGGUACUAAGGAGCUGACAUCGAAACUGGAGAAGUCAAAGCUGCCUUAUGAGCACUUUGAUUACGACCGCGUUCACGGUGCCUGCUGUGAGAAUGUCGUCGGAUAUCUGCCACUCCCUCUUGGUGUCGCUGGACCGAUCACGAUUGAUGGCCGCAGCUACUUCUUGCCCAUGGCUACGACUGAAGGUGUGCUUGUCGCUUCUACAAGUCGUGGUUGCAAGGCCAUCAAUGCUGGAGGUGGAGCUGUUACAGUCUUGACCGGUGAUGGCAUGACCCGUGGACCUUGCAUCGGCUUCGAGACUCUUGCUCGCGCCGCUGCUGCAAAGGUGUGGCUUGACAGUGUUGAAGGACAAAAGGUGAUGAAGGAUGCUUUCAACUCUACUUCCCGAUUUGCUCGCCUGCAACAACUCAAGUCCUCCAUUGCUGGCACGUACGUCUACGUCCGAUUCAAGACGACGACCGGUGACGCCAUGGGCAUGAACAUGAUCUCCAAAGGUGUUGAGCAGGCGCUGAACGUCAUGUCUAAGGAGGCCGGGUUCAGCGACAUGGCCAUCAUCUCCGUUUCUGGCAACUACUGCACCGACAAAAAGCCGGCUGCCAUCAACUGGAUCGAUGGUCGUGGCAAGUCUGUCGUCGCCGAGGCUAUCAUCCCUGGCGACGUUGUCCGGACCGUCCUCAAAUCCAAUGUCGACGCACUUGUGGAGCUUAACGUCAGUAAGAACUUCAUUGGUUCCGCCAUGGCUGGAUCCAUAGGUGGUUUCAAUGCUCAUGCUUCCAAUAUCGUGACUGCGAUAUUCUUGGCAACUGGCCAGGACCCGGCGCAGAACGUGGAGAGCAGUAACUGCAUUACUGUCAUGAAGAACUUGCACGGAAACCUGCAGAUCUCCGUAUCAAUGCCAUCGAUCGAGGUCGGCACUCUUGGCGGUGGCACCGUCCUAGAGCCACAAGCCGCUAUGCUCGACAUGCUCGGCGUUCGUGGCGCACAUCCAACCACACCCGGAGCCAACGCACAACAACUCGCAAAGAUCGUCGCAGCCGGUGUGCUCGCAGGAGAAUUAUCUCUCUGUUCCGCUCUCGCAGCCGGUCACCUUGUCCGAGCACACAUGGCACAUAACCGCUCCGCGCAACCCAGCAGAGCGCCGAGUCCAAGAAGAAGCCCUACUGCCCUCCGAAUGACAAGCAUUGCAGAGAAUUCCGUGGCGACAGGCAAGAAGUAGACUUCCGAGUCUGGAGCCCAGAAUAAUCAGAAGCAAAGCGAUAUUUCCACCUCGCCAGCGCAGGAAGGUAUACGUUCGAAUGAAGUCGAGAGUCCGGUACUGCGAAGGUCGAAUCGGAAGCGGAAGGUGGUGUUUCAGUGAGCAAUGGCUCAGCGUAGCGGAGAUGAUGACGGGAAGGGAAGGGAAGGGAAGUGAAGCAUUAGAGCAAGGCCAGAAGAGAGAAGAAACGGCUUGGUCGAAGAAGAAGAAGAAGAAGGAACAACGGUAGAGAACAGAACAGAACAGAAGACAUUCAUAUUGUCCAUCAGAGAGGGAAAGCAUGGAAUUUUGUAUACUGUACAUGGGCUUCUAUAUAUAAUCGAGAAUCGCGAGGCGAAGCUCAAGCCCAAGCUUGCUCAGACUGCUCUGAGAUUGUUGCGACAUCACGUGAGCAGACAG